AGUGCACUAGCGUGCUUUCCACGCCAAGAAUCUCGAAAACGCCCGCGCUGAGGUGCAUCGCUCGACAUCUCAAGCUCCCAUUCCAGCUCGACGCCCGCCGCCACUAGAAAUACGAUCACUACCGGACCGUCGCGUAAUAGCUAACCGCCAACAUGCCUCAAGCACAGCCCGAGUUGAAGAAGUACCUCGAGAAGCGCGUUCUCGUCCAGCUUAACGGCAGUCGCAAAGUGAUGGGCAUUCUGCGCGGCUACGAUGUCUACCUGAACAUCGUGCUCGACGACGCAUUAGAAGAGAAGGCCGGCGGCGAGAAGGUGCGCAUCGGCAUGGUCGUGAUCCGCGGAAACGCCGUCGUCAUGCUCGAGGCGCUCGACCGCAUCAACCAGGACAUGCCCAAGAUCGGCCGGUAAACCCACCACGCGAACGAGCACACCUUUCGAGCACGGCAAUCGAGACACGACCGCGCAGACGCGUGCAGCUGCUGCAGGCGCAUCAAAAGACGGGGGCUUGGAGAGUUUUGGCGGUCGGGGCAUGCAUGGCG